UGGCAGCAGAGAUGUUUAAAGAGAAUAAAAGAGAGCCUCUGUUGACUUCCUGCAAACUAUUUUAGUGGCAUUCCUGCCUUAAACCUGUUGUCUUACCUUAAAUUCUGGAUUGUCAACCUAACAUUCUGGUUAACCCACCAUGUGUGUUUUAGCAGUCUUGCUCCAAAAUUUUAAGCAGCUGGCAGAACUACCAUGUUCCUAGGUAAAUUGUUUCAAACAAGAAAAGGUUAUUUGUUUUAUUGUCAUUUUGUGGUGGUUUUUUACUUGAAUUAGCCAGGAUUUGAAUUUCCAAUUAUUUAAUCAGAAUGUUGUUUUUCAACAGGUGAAGCAACUAAUUGCUCUUAGAAGUCUUUUUGUUUUGGAGAUCUGUGCUGAGAGCGAUUAAGGGACUGUUGGUCAUUGAAAAUGGAAGAAACAAGGAAGCUUUCCCCAAAGCUGAGUAAAAGCAAAGAGCCUGUGAAAACAGAAUGGGGAUCUCAGAGCGUGGUGUUCACCUAUUUCCAAGGGGACAUUAACAGCAUGGUAGAUGAACAUUUUUCUAGAGCUCUCAGCAAUGUCAAGAACCCCCAAGACCUGAGCACAAAGCACAGGGGUGAGACUGUUGUCCUGAAAAACGACAACAUGUCUCCCCAUCAGUGGAAUUUCUCUUCGCAUUGCUACAAACCAUAUCCAUCAUCUUCUUCAACAAGCAUGGCAACUUCUGCUCUGAAUUUUUCUGCUGCUGGUGUGGUAGGCCAGUGCCAGCCAUCGCCUCUGCGGAGUCGUCCAGCUCAACCUGCAGAUUUAUGGCCCUUCCCUCCAACUGGGACUCCCAGUGUCACUGGUUCAGUGUAUCCUCACACCCUCCCUGACCUGCAUGCAGCCGAUGAGCUGAUCUCUGACAGUAAAUACAGUUCUCUUCUUGGCCUUCUGCAACAGGAAAGGUGCUUAACAUCCAUGCAAGAAUGCACCAUGAAGCAACACUCAAGUUCUGCUUGUAUGACUGGACCUGCGAGGUUACAAAAUAUGAGUCAAAGUUCAGCUCCUGGGGGAGAGAGGAAAGGAAGCUCUUACCAAGGCUCAGAAAAUCCCAGUGUAAGCCAUGCCACUGCAGGUAUUCAGAUUCAUGACAGAAGACGAGAUUUGUACUUCUAGCAACUGAAUGUUUCUACUUUAUUCUGAAAGAGAAAGUUAUUUCUGUGAACUUUUAUUAUUUGCAACUGUGA